UCGAAAUCUAGAUAUAUAUCCAUCUCCUCGGUUCUCGCUCUUUGCCAAUCCAAGUGAUUUCUUCUUUUCUUCCUCCUCUUUUUUUUUGACGGCCGCUAUAGCCGCCGCCGUUCACUACAAAAACAAAACCGGCUUGAAUUUACUAGACACAAUGCCUCGUGCCAAAGCAAACGGGAGAUCAAGGUCUCGAGUGCCACCAGACGCCGCAAUGACUGAAUCCGAUCACGUUGCGGCCUUCAUGGAAUGCAUCCGAUCGAUUCCACCACCGGGCCAGGAACCGCCGUCUCGUCCUACGAAGCGUGCCAAGACAGGCAGAGCUGUCGAUUCGAUAUGCAUUGCCCGGGAGCGUCUCUCAGUCACUCGCGGUGACAUCACCUCAUCCCAGGAAAGCUCAACUAUCACACGCACGGAUGUGGGACAGCUUGUUGAUGUCCGGCUUUGCAGGGUGGAGUUGGAGUCCGAAAUCCCGAAUCCCGACAGCUGGCAAUUGAACCUCAAGCCCCGGACCAGCUAUCGCGGGCGUGGCUUUGCGCUGACGCUCCCUUUGGAUGACGCGACGGUCACACAGCGGUUGAGGACCGCUUUGCAUGUGGCGGAAGUCCAUGCGUUCAACCCUAGUGAGGAGGGCUGCCUCUGGGCUGGCGUGGAUAUCUCUGUGCGGCAGGCCGGGGAGUCGAUCCAGCUGCGUCUGUCAACAGAAGUGAGGUGGAACGAGAGAUUAACGAUAUGGGGAAGCGAACGGUCAAAGUCGAAUUUACAGCAGACUUUGCGAGACGAAGUCCUCGGUACUUGGUACCCAGAACUGCACAAGGCCAGCAGCAAGCCACAAUCAUGGUCCCCUCAAGAUUUCUAUGAGGCGGCAUGUGUUCCCAGCAAAGAGGAGCUAGAUGCGGAGGUCUCGUCGAUGGAAAUCACAGGGCUGGAGGCUGUCUUGUACCCCUUCCAGCGCAGGGCUGUCCAAUGGCUCCUGCGACGGGAGGGUGUCCAUUGGCACCGAGACGACCCAAGCAAGCAAUCCAGCAUCCAGCCUUACAUUUUGCCCGCAUCACGGGCUUUUCCGAUUUCUUUUGCCGGAGCCAAAGAUGCCGACGGCAACACCAUAUAUAUCAGCGCUCUACUUGGUGCUGCCACCAGAGACACAUCUCUCUUCCGGCCGUCCCAAGAUCUCCGCGGCGGCAUUCUUGCCGAGGAAAUGGGGCUCGGGAAAACAUUGGAGAUGAUCGCACUGAUACUUCUGCAUCGGCGCCCCGAAGCCCCUGUCAUGGUUUUUGAUUAUUUUCUGGAACGGGAGCUCCUUGCUACCUCUGCGACCCUGAUCGUCGCCCCCUCCUCUCUCCUUGAUCAAUGGCUUUCCGAGCUCAACCGCCAUGCCCCGGCCCUCAAGGUCAUGUUUUAUCCCGGUAUCAAACGCCUGGCCCAGCUACAGGAUGAAAAUGAACUGUCUGCUGAGAGACUGGCCGAGCAAGAUGUGGUAGUUACCACUUAUGAGGUUCUCAGGAAGGAAAUAUGGGCAGCCUCGGACGAGCCGACCCGUUCCAUGCGCAACGAGCAGCAAUACGAACGGGUCAAGUCCCCACUCGUCCGGCUUUCGUGGUGGCGGGUAUGUAUUGACGAAGCUCAAAUGGUUGAGAACUGGACGAACAACGCGGCAAAGCUCGCGAGGAAGAUCCCCCGUAUUAAUGCCUGGGGCGUCACGGGUACACCGGUCAAAGACGACGUCCAGAAAGAUCUUCGCGGCCUGCUGCUCUUUUUGCGCCACGAACCGUACGCGUCGGACACCAAGACUUGGAAUUUCCUCACCACCUUCGACAAGGAGUCUUUCCGAAAAGUUUUCAACACGAUAUCUAUGCGUCACAGCAAGAGCCUUGUGAGAAAUGAAAUUGACAUCCCGCCGCAAAAGCGUUACGUCAUCACGAUGCCGUUCACCGCCGUUGAAGAACAGCAUUACCAGAGUCUUUUUGAGGAGCUCGCUGGGACAUGCGGCCUAGACGCCCGAGGGAACCCUCUGCAGGACGAUUGGAAUCCGGAUGACGCCGAGGUGCAGCGUUCAAUGCGUGUAGCUCUCGACCGGCUCCGUCAGACCGUUCUCCACCCCGAAGUUGGAAACCGAAAUCGUCGUGCCCUCGGGCAGAAAGCUGGCCCCAUGAGAACCGUUUCAGAAGUUCUCGACGCUAUGCUCGAACAAACGGACAACGCGGUCAGGACGGACCAGCGCGCUUUUCUCUCUGCCCAGCUGCUGAAGGGUCAAAUCCUCGCUUGCCAAAAACGGGAGCAAGAUGCACUCGGCGUUUGGCGAGCAGCUGCAGCGAAGUGCUCGGAAUUGGUGGAUGAAAGUCGGGCUCAGUUGGAGCAAGAAAUACAAGAAGCUCGUCGAGCAAAAUUGAAUGAGGAUAGCGAGGGAGACGGCGGGGGAGACGAUCGUGAGGAUGCUGUGCCGCCGCGAGUGGGAGAAGCCAGACGCCGGUUGCGGUUGGUGCUCGAGAUUCAGCACAGAGCAGUGUUCUUCUGCGCAAAUGCGUAUUUCUCCAUGAAGACGAACGAGGAGACGACGGCGCCCGACUCGGCGGAGUUUAAACGUUUGGAAAAGCUGGAGGUUGAGGCGUAUGAUCGUGCAAAGGACAUCCGGAGAGAGAUCCUUCAGGAGAGUCACGGCAAAGCCGCGAAGCUAAUGGACCGGCUUAUGAAAGCCGCGGAAGACCAAGCCUUCGCGGUUGUUCCAGCCUUCAAGUCUGUCGACAAAAACGGCAUCGAGAGUCGAAGGGUUGCUGAUGCCCUAGAAGAGCUCUACGUGGGAUUGGAUGAGCAAGCCGCCGAGAUUGAUGACUGGCGCGAACACGUUAUUCAACUCCUUCUCAAGCCCUUGGUUGACGAGGAAAAUGACGAGAUCACUGGUGAAGAAUACGACCAGUCGACUAAGCUACAGGAUGAAAUCCUGGUCUACCUCCAAAUAUUACGGACGGCACUUGCGUACAGGAAUUCCUCAAUCACGGGCCAAAAGAACUUUCUGGUGGAGCAUGAGACGAAGACGGCGGUUCGGAGGGCAGACGCAGGAGAAGGCCCGUUCCCCGAAAGGUUCCUUGAGCUAUUACGGGUUUGCGAGGGGACUAAGCCACAGUUUGUCGAAGGGGACCCUUUCACCUCGCUACGCGGGUUGGUCUCGGAGCUGCGCACUCUGUCGACCAAGCUCCAGCACGACGCAGCGACGGAAUCUUCCAGGGCCGCGAGGGAGCUGGCCGUCGUCUCGGCGCUGCUGAAGUCGACAAACAGCCAGCAGAAGGAACAAGCCAAGGCUGCUACGGCCAUGGAAAAGGAAAUCGAGCGUUUUAUGGACACCCUCAAUGCUCGGAUCGAGUACUACCGACAGCUGCAGGAGGUCUCGGACACAGUUGCCGAAUACGAAGGCUCAUUGGAGGCUGAUGCACUUAAUGCUGCCUUGAUCGAGUCCGAAAUGCAAGAAGCGAAGCUGGAGGAGCAUCUCGAUGCGGCCAAGGCCAAGCACCGCUACCUUGUCUUCCUCAAGGACGCCGAGUCAAACUCGGGAGAGCAGCGGAUAUGCAUCAUCUGUCAGUCAAGCUUUGAGGUUGGCGUCUUGACAGUCUGUGGCCACCUGUUUUGCAAAGAAUGCAUCACGCUGUGGUUACGGGCGCACCGGAACUGCCCCAUGUGCAAGAAAAAGCUCCACCAGUACAACCUUUACGACAUCACCCUAAAGCCACAGGAGCUCAGGGUGCAUUCGGAGCGGCAGCAGGGGAGCGGCGACGGGGUAGACGAGGCGCCAACGACUCCUUCCAAGAAGGUGUCGGCCAUCUAUAGCGAGUUCAAUGCCGACCAGCUGGCCGUGAUCAAGAACAUCGACCUGGACGGCCCAAGUUUCACGACCAAGGUGGAUAUGCUGACACGGCAUCUCCUCUGGCUGCGAGACUCGGACCCCGGCGCCAAGUCCAUCAUCUUCUCCCAGUACAAGGAAUUCCUGGACGUCCUCGCGCUGGCGUUCCGGAGGUACCGCAUCGGCUACACCUCGUUCGACAAGGCGCACGGCAUCACCAUGUUCAAGGAGGACCCCGGCACGGAGGUCUUCUUGCUGCACGCGCGCGCGCACGCCAGCGGGCUGAACCUGGUCAACGCCAACCACGUCUUCCUGUGCGAGCCGCUGCUCAACACGGCGCUGGAGCUGCAGGCCAUCGCGCGGGUCGACCGCAUCGGCCAGCAGCACGAGACGACGGUCUGGCUGUACAUCGUCGACGGCACGGUGGAGGAGUCGAUCCACGACCUGUCGGUGCAGCGGCGCAUGGAGCACAUGGGCCGCAACGCCAAGGGCAAGUCCAAGGAGUCGACGCCCGAGCUGCUGGACGCGAGGCUGGACGAGGCCAACGCGCUGGAGAUGCAGCAGGCGCACCUGUCGAAGCUGAUGGGCAAGGACGGGAUUCUCGGCGAGGCGGUGGAUAAGGAUGACUUGUGGACUUGUUUGUUUGGGCAUCUGCAUCCGAAGGAGAGGCGCGAUGAAACGGAGCCGGCGAAUCCUGAGAUUCGGCGGUUGCUCACUAUCAAUGCGGUGGAGAGGCGGAUGGAGGUGGAGAAUUAGGGGGGGGGAGGUGAUGGGAGAGGGAGAGGGGGGAG